AUGCAGCAAUCCGGUCCGCGGACCCGUCGCAACGGGACUCUGCAGUCGUGCGAACCGUGUCGCAAGUCCAAGCUCAAAUGCGACCAUGCGACGCCAGUCUGUGGCCGGUGUAUAGCAAAGGACAUUGCCCAUAAAUGCUUCUACCAUCCUUCGCCCAUGACCAGAAAAGGUCAGCCUGGCAGUCAGUCGUUUGCUGAUAGCCAGCAAAGUACCCCGAUUCACAGUCCGACAACUUAUCCACUACCACCACCACCACCAGCUGCACCAGAAAAAACCUGGGUGCCGUCUGGCUACCUCGGCGCGUCCAACUUGUUUUCCAUCCUUCAAGACUGUGGCAACGAGAUCCCUACGGCCUUUGAAACUCACAACAUCGCCAUCCCGCGAAACCUGCAACCAGACCCGAUCCCCACCGGCGCAGAACUGCUCAGGAUUUUAUAUCAGUUUCCUGUGUGCGACGUGCUCAUUGCCCGGUACCAGGCCAACGUGCUCGUCUUUGCCGUGCCGGAUACGCUCAUCAACGCCAUCGUCGGUUCUGUACGACAUGCGCUGGAGCACUUUGAUGAGCCUGGGUUAAGCACGCAACUCGCGCGUUUUGCGCACAUGAUUUUUCAAAACUCGUCGAGGCCAAUGGUCGUCAACAGAUCCAUGACUGUUGAGCAGUACUGCGCCUCGUUCACGGGCCCCAAUUUUCGAUGGGAGGCUAUUGGGAACUAUUUCGCCGUUGCGGGGAUGGCGCUCGUGGGCACGCCGGAGAAUGAUCCGGUGCUAAUGGCGGCGAAUAUUCACAAGGAGACGCUGUUGAGUUUGCUGAUUGAGGCAAGUGAUAUCUGCAUCAAGUUCUGUGAACAUCCGUCGUCGGUGAAUGAGUUGCUGGUGUUUCAUUUGAAUAAUGACUCCAGGCUUAAGACACACCGGUACGGUGAUAUCGAUUACCUGUGUUGGCGCCAGAUGGGGGUGCUUUGGUCCACCAUCACCACCGCCGGCCUCCACCGAGAGAGCGGACCAGAGGACGACUGUCCCUUUUUCCUCUCUCAAUGGAGGAAGCUGUGUUUCGUGGCCAAUUACAGCAGCGACAAGAACCUGGCAACGUUCAUGGGACGGCCGCCGCUGAUCCCCCGUCGAUAUUGCAAUGUCAGCGCUCCGCUUGAUAUAAGCGAAGAAGUGCUCAUCUCCGGGUCAGAAGCAGUCGGACAGGCCGUCUCCCAACUCGAUGCUAUUGGAUGGAACCAAAACAACAUAUACCGUGUCAGCUUUCUUCGUCAGCGGUUUUUCAUCGCGCUUCUGCGUGAGGAGGUGCUCGAGAUUGUCCUGGGAUGUGAACAGGGCGACGAGAUGCUGGUUGACACGGUAGAGUUUGAGAACAAGGUCAAUCAUAUACUGGAAAAGGCCAAAGCGAGCUGGGACUCGACUCCCUCGCAUUUGCGGUUCGAUCACCAGGAAGGCGGCAUUGCCGAGAUCUCUUCGCAUGCGUGGAUGAGCCGGUACCCGCUCAUCAUGCCGUAUCUCGAACACCUAUACACGUUUUUCCUCUUGCGGCGAGCGCUCGUACAGCAGACGGGCUCGGGCCACGCGGAGCUCUUUGACACGGCGAGAGAGGUGCUGUCGACAGUCACCCAUAUCAGCGGGAACAAGGAGCUGAUAGUUGAUCGAAGUCGGCAUUAUGCGUGGCUGAUGCUAUCGUAUGGCGUCGCCAGCGCAAGCGUGCUUGCUCUGCAGCUCCUGCACGAAAACCAAGGACGCAUAGCGUACGUGCUGCCGGGCCGCACCGAGCUGAUCCGGAAACUGACCGUCUUCACCUCGUCGCUGUCGUGGAUUACACGACCGGACCAUGGCGACUAUGCCCUGUGCAUCGAAGCGGAGAAACGUCUGACGACGGUGCUAGACGAGAUUCUGGACCCGACGCCACGGCCGCCGGCCGCCCAACAGCAGUCGGAUGUAGCGGGUAUGGAUAGCUUGUCGUCGACGAAUUUCGACAGUUUGUUUGAGGGGUAUGAUUUUGGGGGCAUGUCUAUACCGGGACAUGGGCUUUUUGCAGAAAACAUGCCCUGGCCGUGA